GUAAUUUUUCUAUGAUAAAUUAUAUAAUUAAAAGAUUUCAAUAGGUAACGAAAAUAACAUAUGCAAAGGUGUUAUAUUGGGUGGCAUUGUUUUCUCAUUCUUUAGUUCUUGUUUCUUAUUUCAACGUAUGGAAGAAACAAUAUAUUUCUCGUAUAAAAGACAAAAUAGGUGAAAUAGAAGAAUACAGGUGAAGAGUGGGAGAAAAAAAUAGAAUCAGUGAUGAAUAAAAUAUCGAUGGAACUGACUUAGAAACGGAAAUGCGAGUGUGUAUGCCAUUUCAUGAUUGUAACUCGAGAGUUAAUGCAGUGCUUAGUAAUGAAACGUAAACUUUCUUCGUCGUUAACAUUGAAAGAAAGUCAACCUUCCUCGACAUCAUAUAUGAAAGAAACAAAGCAAGAACCAAAUAUUCGUUUAGCUGUCGUCAGUGGAUUCUUUGCAACUAUCGGAAGUCUACUUGGUAAACUUGCUGGUGGUGCCGAUGUGGAUUCCAUUUUCGGAUUGCUGCUUAAAGGAGUACUUUUAAUACUAAUGAUAAUAAGCAACACCGUGGGCUACGCAUUUUUCGUAAAAGCACUCAAUGCUAGCGGAUCUUCUUUACCAUGUACAAUAACUAGCGCCGCCACCAGUUAUAUCUGCUCGGCUUUUACGGGUUCCUUGAUUUUUAACGAAUCAACGUCGCUUACUUGGUGGUGCGGUAUAUCUUUCGUUAUUCUGGGUUUAUUAGUCAUCUCUUGUACGCAAUCCAAAGACGAUCAUGUACCUUCCCUGAAGAGAUCGAAGAGCGAAUAACUUCCGAAAAUGAUUUGGAAAUCUUUUUAUGCUACUUUCUUAAUAUUAUACUGAGUCUACAUGUUAUCUACAUGUAAUAAUAUUAUUAUCUAUUUUCGUAUGUAUUACAUUGAAUAAAUAAAUAAACAAUUAUACUGAGACUUUUUUUAA